UGCAGCAGCACGUCAGAGCGGAGACCUACCAGAGUCGACACUGAAUUACACUGUAAUAUUACAGCUAUAUACAGAUGGCCUCAACUAAGGAGAAGUUGAUUGUUCAUGUGAGUAAGGAGGAGCCUGCAGGCCCCACCAACAAGGUGACUGUGGUGGGUGUGGGAAUGGUUGGAAUGGCUGCCGCCAUCAGCAUCCUGCUCAAGGAUCUGACAGAUGAACUCGCCCUGGUAGACGUGAUGGAAGAUAAACUGAAGGGAGAGGCGAUGGACCUGCAGCAUGGAAGCCUGUUUCUCAAGACGCACAAGAUAGUGGCUGAUAAAGACUACAGUGUGACCGCAAACUCCAAAUUGGUCGUUGUGACUGCUGGAGCUCGCCAGCAGGAGGGUGAGAGCCGUUUGAACCUUGUGCAGAGAAACGUCAACAUCUUCAAGUUCAUCAUCCCCAACAUUGUCAAGUACAGCCCCAACUGCAUCCUCCUGGUGGUGUCAAACCCAGUUGACAUCUUGACCUACGUGGCCUGGAAACUUAGUGGUUUUCCUAGGAACCGCGUGAUCGGCAGUGGCACAAAUCUGGACUCGGCCCGGUUCCGUCACCUGAUGGGAGAGAAGUUGGGAAUCCACCCCUCUAGCUGUCAUGGAUGGGUCAUCGGAGAGCACGGAGACUCCAGCGUUCCUGUGUGGAGUGGUGUAAAUGUAGCUGGCGUGUCCCUCCAUGGAUUGAACCCUGAUAUGGGUACAGAUAAAGACAAGGAGGACUGGAAGAGCGUCCACAGGAUGGUGGUUGACAGUGCUUAUGAAGUCAUUAGGCUGAAAGGCUAUACCUCUUGGGCUAUUGGUAUGUCUGCAGCUGACAUGUGCGAAAGCAUCUUAAAGAACAUGCGCAAGUGUCAUCCAGUGUCUACACUGGUGAAGGGAAUGCACGGUGUGAAUGAGGAGGUCUUCCUCAGCGUGCCUUGCAUCCUGGGUAACAGCGGCCUGACAGAUGUUGUGCACCUGACCCUUAAACCAGACGAGGAGAAGCAGCUGGUGAAGAGCGCGGAGACCCUGUGGGGCGUUCAGAAGGAGCUGACCUUAUGAACAGCGAUCCCCUACAAAAUGUAACCAGUGUCACAGAUUUCAAACCUCUGAUACUCCCGCCUUGAUCUCCAGACCUUACAAAAACGCAUUGCCAUUAACAUCCAUUAGAUGGCUCCAAGCCAGUCUAAGACCUUUAGAUUGUAACACUCGUUUUUUUUAGCAAUUUUAGCAGCAGAGGGGGAUUUGUUUAUUCCUGUUGUCUUUACGAAGAUCAUUCAAGUGUUUGGAAAAGUUUGUCUGUGUGCAUACGAUUUUAUAAUAAAGAAAUAAGCAUUUGUGAGUAAUGCGAUGUGAAAUUUGAGUCUUGAUUUUACUUUAUAUUCCAUUAAUAACUCAACUAGCAUUCCGUACCACUUGCGCCCAGUAUCUUUAUUAAAUACCUAAUAUAUAAUUUUGGUUAGACCAACAAGUAAAACCAAAAGUUUCCAUAAUUGCUGUUUCAUUGAGUAUGUUCACAUGUAUAACUUAACGCUGAUCUCAAAAACUGCUAAAACCGUUAAUUCAAGACGUUAAUCAGAAAUUAUCAGCUUUUGCAUCAGGUUUCGGUUCUUGAUGUUAAACUGUAAACAGACUUGCGCACAUUGAUGCAUUAAUGAAACAUUAGCAGAACACAUUUCUGUGCAAAUUUACGCAAGUAGCAUUUACGAAUGGUUUACACAGAAAUUCGUUCUGUUCGCGGUUUGUAUAAAUCAUCUAAAAUGUUGCGCUGAAUUGGAUACGACAAUUUGCGCAACACUUUUGAAUUGUUGCGUUGAAUGCAAGUUUGUACUAGAUUGGUUAUUCCAAGCAAAACAAGCAAAAAUCUUCUCGUUUCGAUUGGGAGCAAUCGGCAUGAACUGUUUACAAACUUACCCUGAAUAUAAAAUGUCGUUUAAGGCCUUUACAUGAUCUUACACAGCAUCAGCUUAUUAAGCAUGUUGGGAAAACAUUGUGCAUGUAAACACAAUCAAUAAAGCCAACCAACAUGGCAUGGGUUUGUAUUAUAAAUCAACCACAAGUGCACUGAUUGUUUCACUGGGAAAGCACUUUAUCACAGAUCAGAAUAAAAUUACGCAAAGGCAUAGUUUGUUCAAAACAAAUAAAAUUUUCAUAACAAAGGGGAAAUCAACAAGAAACGCAACAAACCAAAACUCACUGUUAUUUCUGGUUAGAUAAUUUCUGGUUACAUUACAAUCCCAAAUACUUCUACUUUUGUGUGCGUGUACACUUGUAUGUAUCAGCUGGAAACGAGUUGCUAUUGCCGAUGUUGUAUUUUUAUUUCUGUCAGUGUUGAGUCGUAAGAGCAAGAAGACACUCCCAGCUGAGUGGUAAAACACAGUGACGGUUGUAGCUGUUACUUGAAAUGUGUGAUUGUAAAAUUGAGGCACAAUCUGCAACCAAAUAAACAUUGUGACUAACAG